AGCCUGCAGCCGCAAGUAGGAACGGUCACCAGCCGGUCAUGUCGUGGGAGGAUUCAGAUGUAGAGUACAUACCAGCAGUCCUCCGCAGGCCUAAGGUUGCCAAUCACACAGCUCACGAGAGCUUCACUGCAGACACACGAGAUCAUGAAGACCAUACUUUCUGCGGCAUGAUGUUUGACGUCCAAUGCAAAGGUCCAGAGGAGGGUGGUGUGCCCGUGGAGUUUUUAGUGAUUACAUCUUUGGCAGUUCGUGGUGACCUUGGCCCAUUGACAGUGUGGACCACCGCUGGCACCUUCCGAAAGAAGGAGCACGAUUCGGCGAAGUGGGACUGCAUCUAUGAAGCAGAGCACCCACCAUCCUAUGAGAAAUAUACACCGUUGACGCUGCGAGCACCCAUCCGGCUGCUACCAGGACAGAGCUGCGGCCUCUACGUCCACUCAAAGCUUCCUGGCGAUGACGCAUUGGUGUAUGACAAUCAACGUGCAUUUGUGACUCAUGAGGAUGCUGUUUUUCGUGUGCUUCCAGGUCAGGCCCACUUGAGCAAUCGGCCCUUCGGAAGGCACGGGAUGUGGGGCUUCCCCUGGCGUGAGCGGCGUGAGUUCGUAGGCCGUAUUUGCUACGGCGUGAACUACGUUCUCUGGAACCCUGUGGCAGAGAUUCAUCAAAGAUUUCCGCCCGGCUUCAAGCAGGCAGUGUGGACGAUUCUACUUUGUGCCCGGAAACCAGAGUCUCCGUUCUACUGGUUGCACGACAAUGUUCUUUUCUACAUUCUGAAUCUUUGCAAAUAUGAUUGGUUCGACCACAAAGCUUGCAGUACUCCAAAGCGACUGCAGCAAAAAUUGCAUGGGACCGAAGGAAGCCAGGCAUGCGGACAUGCAGAUACAGGACGACAGGAGCUCCUGCGAUCCUUGAGUUCAGAUGCCGAUAGCACUGAAAGUGAGAGCAACAGCAACAGCAUCACAAGCAACGAAAGCAGCUGGUGAGGAAGCUGCCUGCCAGAACGACACAGAAGGUUCUAGGCAGGCAUGCUUGCCCUGCGAAGACUGAGCGGACUGAGCAUACACAAGAAUUCAAGUCCAACUCCAUCCUUUAGUAGAUUGCCUCAAGGACGAUGUUGGUCCUGC